CGCGCGCGCGCGCCUCCCUCGCUCCACAUGAAUUUGUUUAACACACUGGGGGUGGGGCUUCUGGCCGUCGAUGCUCCGCGGAAACUUUUCCACCUCGCUGAGUGCCGAAGUGCCGCACGCGCGCGCGCGGAGAAGAAGAAGAGCGGCGGAGCGGGUCGGAGCGCCGCGGUCGCGAUGAGAUCGAUCAACCUGGAGACGUACAGCCUGUCGCUGCUCGCGGCCAAGGAGGACAUCGUGAACCCGCGCUCCUCCACCGACUGGGCUCUGUUCGCGUACGAUGGGGCGACCAACAACCUCAAGCUGUCCGACUCGGGAGUUGGCGGCGUGGUGGAACUGGCAAGGAAAUUUCAGCCGAACCGCUCGCUCUACGGGCUCUGCCGGAUUGGAGGACAAGCAUCGGGACCCCCCCGCGUUGUGAUGAUCAACUGGGUGGGCGAGGCUGUCGAUGAGUGCCGGAGGAGCGAGUGCGCCAGUCACGUCCCCGCCAUCAAGGCUUUCUUUAAGGAAGCUCACGCGUUUGUAAGCGCCAGCAAGCCGGAGGACGUGACACAAGAGCGCAUCUCCCAGAUUGUGAGCAAGGUCAGCGCCCCGGCGGAGCGCCUCCGGAGAAGCCCUCGAACCGCGGACAAGGAGGAGACGGUGGGCACUAAUUACAGGAAGACGAACGCCGCGAUGGAGAUGCGACGGAUCAACAGAGAUUCUUUCUGGGCACGUGCAGAGCGAGAAGAGGAGGAGCGGAAGGAAGAGGAGCGGCGCAAGGCUGCCGAGGAACGACGCCGCUGGGAGAGAGAGAGGAUCCUGCAGGAGCGCAAGGAGGAGGAGGAGAGGGACAGGAAGAUGAACGAGAAGCUGCAGAUGAUAGAGGAGCAGAGGAGAAGGCAGGCGAAGCUGGAGGCAGAGAUGCGGAGGCAGGAGCGGCUCAAAUGGGAGCAGCAGCAGAGGGAAUAUGAGGAAGACAUGAGAGCUCGCUUCAAGCGCAGCGAAUCCAUUGAGAAGGCCGCGGAGGCGGCAGUGCUCGUUUCUCAACGCUCCAUCAACCCGAGAGAGUUUUUCAGACAGCUCUCAUCAUCCUCCUCUGGAAACCCUGCAAGCCCUAGCUCACCGGGAGGAGGCCGGCCCCCGUUCCGUCGAUACCAGCGCAGCCUGACGGACACGGCGUUCAUAUUUGGGAGGUCGGAUUCAUCCGCACCCUCCUCCCCUCGCAGUCCUACCGUGGUUUCUCCGUUCAGCAGGAUUCCCAGCUCUCCGCUGAACUCAAGCCGCCCAGAUCCACCUUUGCGGCCUAUCGGCUCGCCCCAGCAUCCCCGUGCCGCUCCAGUGUCUCCCCCGGGCUCCCCGCAGCGCGCAGCCCCCACCUCGUCCCUGCCCAGUCUUCCUCCUUCCAGGACUGCACCACCCUACUCCUCUCUGCCCCGUUCUUUCAGCUCAGUGAGGGCUGAUGGCUCACCGCAGGCUACCGGGCAACCUUCCUCCCUGAGUUUCUCCUCCUCUUCUACCCAACCCUCAGCUCCCCCAGUGUCUCCAAGGACUGCUGGAGCACCUUCAUCCCUCAGCUCUUCCUCUUCUUCCACCCAACUUUCGACUCCACCGGGCUCCCCAGUCCCAACAGCAGCCUUGACGCAGCCCCCAGCCCGCCCGCAGCCUGAGCGCUUCAGUCCCCCACCCUCUCUGGAGGCCACUCCAGCCCCAGAGGAUGCGGUCACAACUCAUCCUGUGAGCCCAGCGACCACCAUCCUGCAGUCAGACGAGGUGUACACAGCCACCAGAAUGCUGACAGACUUGGAACCAGAUGCAGAUCUGACUGUCAAGGCCGUGUUGGUGGACACGUGCAUUGCCCCCGUAGCCGAGGAAGUAGAGGACCAGGAGGACCAGGGGCACCAGGAGGACCAGGAGGUCCAGAAGGAAGAGAAAGUAGGAACCGAGAACUCAGAUGCUUCUGUAGAACUUGUGGUUCCUUUGGAGAACUCAGCCUCACCUGCUAUGGUAGAGAAUGAGCACAUCUCCCCAUCUACACCUCCGCCCACACAACCUGAAGCAACGAUGGUGGAUGUGCAGGUGGACUCGGCUCUAGCUGCGAAGGUCAGCCCGAGGCAGGACACAGCAUUCUUUGAGCCUGAGGUGACAUCCAUGAGCACAGAACCUGGGCAGCCUGUGGAGGAGUUGGUGCCUGAUCUGAAUUCCAUGGCUGAAGAGGUCAGUGAGACUGACAGCGAACCUGCAGCUGAAUGUGAAGAAAGGUCAACAGAGACUGGGACACAGAGUGAGGAUGAAGAAGAGGAGACGGGCCACCUUGUCACAGAAACACAUACUUGUGUCCUGUCUGAGGAACCAGCCUUAACUGAGCAAGCUGAGGAGGAGGAGGAAGAAGAGAAGCAGGAGGAGCAGGGGCAGGAGGAGGAGGAGGAGGAGAGAGAGGAAGAUGAGGAAGAGGAGAAAGAAGAGCACGAGGCUCUCCGUCAUCCACAGCAAGAGGCAGCCAUAGCAGAGGAGCUUGUAGAUGUGGUGGACAUUAACCACGCACCACGAAGCCGUCCAGCAGCCAUCCAAGUGCAUGAAGAGGAAGAGGAAGAGGAAGAGGCCCAGACAGAGAAUGGCUUUGCUGAAGGACACAACGGCACAGAGAGAUCCCCCAGCCCACCUGAAAUGGAGCCAACCUUCCGUGAGAUUUCCCAGGAGCGAGAAGCGGCAUCGCGUGCGGCGAAGCUCGAGAGGUUUGAGGAGGAUUUCGAAGAGGAGAAGAGUGAGACUGAGGAGGAGGAGUCCACUCCUGAUGGACAGCUGUGUGUGCGAGCCCUCUAUGACUACCAAGCAGAGGAUGAAUCGGAGCUUUCUCUGGAGCCCGGUGACAUCAUCAGCGGCGUGGAGGCCGUGGACAAGGCGUGGUGGAGGGGCUGCAGCAAAGACGGCCGUCAGGGACUCUUCCCUGCCAACUACGUGGAGACCAUCUAGGAAGAAGGCCUCCCCGUAACUCCACUUAGUGACAAAAAGACGCGUGAGACUGGUGGUUGGACGGACAAUUGUACACAGAGUUAGCCACAGACAAACACAUGUACACAUCACACAAAUUCCCUCAGGGAGUAGUGGCUUCUUCUCGCAGCGGGGGGCGCAUUCAGCACUCCUCGCUACGAGAGCGCAACGGUGAACUGAAAUGCGCGCCUUACGUGGCGACGCGUACGCUGGCGCGGGAUUGCCAUGCUUUCGAAGCCCUGCAUCUCGACGCUGAAGAUUCUCGUUGAGAGCACGGCGAGAAGAACGCCCCUACGGCUUACCUUGUGACGGCGACGCAGGCCAGCAGUUUCACUCCGUUUGUACUCCCUUUAGGCCCCGUGCCCAAAAGUCGCUUUCUUGCCACAGUAAAGGUUAUCCAAACAGCUUUGUUCCUCUCCAGCUGUGCAGCUGUAGCGUUUCAGCUCGCUGCGGCAAAACCCCCGACACUCCGGAUGUCUGGAUCUGGAUGACGGCGGCCGUUUCUCCCGCCGGUCGAAGGCGAGCCCCGGGAGGCUCUCGGGCUUCGCUCGCGGUCAUCCGCGUAGCAAGCGUCGGCCGUGGCCGAAUGAAACGAACGGCACGGAGGACAGCGGAAGCGACGGUGCUGCAACUCCUCGCUGUUGGCUGGAGAAGGCACGCGCUCCGCCGCGCCGCGGCUCUCCGGGACUCCGAGGCGCAGCAGGGAAGGGAUCUGCACCCCCCUGGGCUGAGGGACGCUCAUAUGGAGAAUGAUGUGUUCUGAACACCGGUGUGUAAAAGAGGUCUGUGGGCUUCUCGCCUUCAUUAUAGAUAUGAGGAGCAUAGCAUGGAUUCUUAUGAGCUUUAUACUUCGGUCUUUACAGCAGUACUCUUUUAGAAACUAAUGUACAUCCUUUUUAUUCUUAAACAUACCUAAUAAAGCAAUGAAUCUUCUUUCUUUCUUUCUUUUUCUUUCUUUCUUUCACUUUUCUCCACUCCUUGCUGUUUUUUCAUCACCCGUUUCCUAGGUCUCGGUUUUUUUUUACACUAUUAUUCUCUCAACAUUUACUGUCCUCGUGUGCUUACAGAAACAAUUUCCCCAGAUGCGGAUAAGGCCAGUGUGUGUAGAACAUUUGCAGGCCUUAGAAAUCCUUAAAAUCACUGCUCAACAUGACCUUGGAGCUCACAGCUGUGCCCAGCUCAGUAUACUCCAUAUUCUGUAAGCGAAUGCUGCGUGUGCUGCUUUUCUCAUCCGUUUCAUCCUCUCCGUUGCUCACCACCCAUGUAUUUUUGACAUUGAAAGUUGAAUGGUCUCCCACUGCGGGUUUUUAUUGUUUUUUUUUUUUUUCUUUCGCCGAAAUGCACGCGGUCAAUGUUAAAGAAUCAUAUGUAACAAGGAUGCAGUACGCAGCAGAUUUGUCACGAAACGAAUUGUGUUACUCGCAUGAACGCCGAUGCACCGAACGCAGCGUUGAUCUCCGAUCCGACACGAAACGGCACUGGGUUGCAGAGAUUUUUUGUUUUGCGGGAUGAGGAGAGAAUAGGUUGCUUUAAAUGCUUGCUGUUGUCCACAUGGGGGUCUCGCUAUAUUCUAUCAGCACGUGUGGGAAAUGUGGUAAUAUAUCUCUGUUUGCAGUUGUUUUCGGCCACGUGUGCGAUGUAUCGUUCCAGCAACGCCUGCACACUCGCGUAUCUAUAUCGCUGUAAUGUGAAACAGCUCAUUAUUUACUAUACUCUCCAUAUGGCUGUGUUCUCGUACGUUUUGCAAGGUAUGUUUUCUCGUUUUUAUUAUUGUAACCUUCUUAAUUGCAAAGGUACAUCUGCUGCUUACAUUUAGUAACCAAAAAUGACAUUGUCACUGUCUCUGUUCAAUGUCGCUUUCACGGUCUCCACCUCGACACAGGAAACUUCUGCUCAGUUGCUGUGUCUACAGAGGGAUCAAGUUUUGCCACUUCAAGCUAAUCGUUUAAUCGUUCCCAUAAAAUAUAUUUUGAAGCAUUGAAGUCAGAAUGUUGCUGAAAGACUUAUUUUUCUAAGUUUGUUUUGCGGGCGACAGGAUUCACUGUACAAGUAACUGAAUUUAGAUCCAUUUCAAACAGUUUAAUGGGUGAUUUCUGGUGUGACAAACUUGAGCGUUUAACCAAUUAAACACACUUACUGUUUGCACUUGUUGUCCAUGUUAUUUGGAACUUCGCAGGGAAUGUGACAAAGCCCCGAAGUGCCUCGAGGUGUUUAUAAUGAUGGUCAUUUGCGGAAAUCAAAUUGCGCUCAGUGUACAUGUCAUAUUUGCUUGUGGCUUAAGCGGGACUUGCCACUAAGACACGUCUCAGUUCCUCUGAAAUAUUCAAAUUCGAAGUGCAAAUACCCAACAAGGCUGCAAGGAGACAGUGAAAUUCCAGAUAUUUUUCGUAGACUUUGGUGUCAACGCACCCAACAGCGUGAGGAAUGUGGCGAACGUCCCCUCGAUGUUCUCCCGGUCUCCGUCCAAUGAACACGUUCCCGUGGGCUUCCUUACUGUAAAGAACUGCUUUCCUCACCUGCGGCACGUGUGGCGAACUGCUGUCAUUGUGGAACGUCGGGUAGAGAGAGAAGAUAGCUGGAAUGUGUCUCUCAAUGAGUCAGCCUCGCCAGAUUUGUCAUAAAUAAGAUCAGAAUCGCACAUGUUCUCCGUAAUGGGGAAAUUUGACGUUGCGCAAUACUCAAGGUCAUCAUGCUUCUACUUACCGGAUCUAUUAAAAGGUCAGAAAAAAGGAAAGCGUUGGAUUGUUCACAGUUGUUUCUGCAAAAGUAUGGAAACUGCAUGUAGCAUGUCGACGGGAACUACUGCUGAGCCACAAUAAAAAAAAAAAAAAAAAACAGAAAUAUGUGAUUUACCCAGGUGUUUGGCGCUGCUGCAAUACUGUGCAGCGAAUGCCGAGAAGAAAUGUAAGCAAUUUUCAGGUGAGUUCCAGGCACAUAAUUGCAUAGGUAGGCACUGGAAAUGGCAAUUGGACGUAUGGAUGGACACACUGUUCCCAAUAAUCGCACACUUUCAGGACCUCGUGUAGGGAAAACACCGCUCUUAUCGGGGAUGUAGAAGAAACAUGAGAAGGUAAUACUCCAACUUGGAAAUGAACCAUUGAUCUGUACAUUGAUCUCACAUUUAUCUCUACAUGUGAUACUCAUGGUACUUGCAGGGUUUAAGCAAGUGCAGUUCCUUUCUUGCAGAGAUCUGGAAUCCUCAGCCUUUACUGGGGUUUUCAAUGAAUCGGAGAUCACACAGUUCAGGUCACAGUAUUCUAAAUGGUCCAUGUGUGUCUAAAUUUCCCAAAACUGUCCUUAGUGAAUGUGUGUGUGUGUGUGUGUGUGUGUGUGUGUGUAACAUUGAGAAAUGCAGCAGUUGUU